ACUUGGUGGUGAGUGGUGGGUUCAUCCAGUGUUCUCAAUCAUGCCUCAUUGGCAGCCAAAUGCACAUCUAAUUUAAUUGCGUCUUUCGUCAUGAACACAUGCACACACACUAACCCCCACCCCACCCCCCGACACACACACACCAUCUGAGCCUCAUCCUGUAGUCAAGCAGCUAUCAGGCCUCUCCAUUAGGUAGUAAUGUGAUUUUAACUGGGAACCAAGUUUGUUGAAUACAAGUUUCCUGCUGAGCCUGCAGAUUCAGGAGUUGCUAAUGGACUCUGACUAUACAAGAGGGUUAAUUACAGCUAUAGUCAGAGACAAUAUACACUACACCUAUACAACUUUGUAUAAAAAUUAAGAUAAAUGUUUUUUUAACCACACUUUUAUUGUCAUAAGUACAGUAAACAGUAGACACUCACGUUGUUGCUGUCGUGUCCCCUCUGGCCACGAGAGAGCGUGCCGGGUGUAUGGUGUAGAGUGGUCACGUGAUGGAGGAGCUCCAAGUUUCAACAUGGCGCCCUCCAUUGCUGUCCCGCCGCUACGUCUUUGCUGGUUUUUGUUGUUUUACCUCCCGCAAAGCAGCUCUUCUCGGCUCAUAAAUGAACCUUGUUAUAAACCCAUACAAGACAGAAGGCCGGACUCUAUCGGGACACAUCCUCGGCCAUACAAAUCUGAUCUUCCUCUGUCGUGGGACUGGAGGAACAUUGACGGGAGGAAUUAUGUGAGCGCCACCAGGAACCAGCACAUCCCCCAGUACUGCGGUUCCUGCUGGGCCAUGGGAGCAACCAGCGCGCUCGCCGAUCGCAUCAACAUCAAACGCAAGGGGGCGUGGCCAUUAGCAUACCUGUCGGUUCAGAACGUCAUCGACUGCGGAGGGGCAGGGUCGUGCUAUGGAGGAGAUCACCUGAGCGUGUACGCCUACGCACACCACAGGGGCAUCCCGGAUGAGACCUGCAACAACUACCAAGCCAUAAACCAAAAAUGCCAUCCGUUUAACCGGUGCGGCACAUGCACGGCCCUCAACUGCAGUGCAGUGACUAACUACACCGUGUGGAAAGUCGGGGACUACGGCAGAGUGUCUGGGAGAGACCACAUGAAGGCUGAAAUCUACUCCAACGGGCCGAUCAGUUGCGCCCUGAUGGCCACCCAGGGCCUGGAGGACUACUCAGGGGGCAUCUUCUCCGAGUUCCACCCCCUCUCACUGCCCAAUCACAUCGUGUCCGUAGCCGGCUGGGGCACGGCGGAGGAUGACGAGUUCUGGGUGGUCAGGAACUCGUGGGGAGAGUUUUGGGGAGAACGAGGCUGGGCCAGAAUCGUCACCAGCGCCUUUAGGGGAGGAAAGGGCAACUGGUUGAACCUGGGUAUUGAGAAACAUUGUGCAUAUGGAGAUGUCAUUGUUCCAUAGAUUUAUUUCAAUGACUGCUGGAUGAACUCGUCAAUCCACUUUUAGCCAAACUACCUUUCAACUGUCAACACUUUCUCUCCACAAGGCCAUUGGAAUGGAAAGGACUGCGUGGGUGUGGGUGUAAUUCUAAAGUAAGUAAGCAUGUAAACUGAAACUAGGUUCGGGUGCGUGUAUGUUUUAAUGAUAUGUAGUAUUCCACACCCGUCACUAGGUGUCAGUAAUGUUACAGCCACCUCAUCAAUAAAGCAGCUUCUCAUCAAUCCAUCUUAAUUUCAGACUUAAAAUAAUAUACAGAUUCUUACUGGUUUUUAAAUGUCUUAACGGCCUUGGCCCUUUGUAUUUAUCUGAUCUGCUUUUACCAUAUCAACCCGCGGACCCUGCGGUCCUCCGGCACUGGCCUUUUAACAAUACCAAAACCCAGAACGAAAACCCACGGUGAGGCAGCAUUUAGCCACUAUGGCCCCCACCUGUGGAACAGCCUGCCGGAGAGCCUCAGGACUGCGGAGACUGUUGAUAUUUUUAAAAAAAGAUUGAAGACACACCUUUUUAAUCAGGCUUUUAACUAAUAUUUUUAAACUUUUCUUAUGUUUUUAUCUUUUUAGUCCUAUUUUAUGCUCUUAGUCUUUAGCUUUUAACUCCAGUGUUUCCUCAGGGGGGGUCCUCCACACUGGGGGCUGUGUCGGGUCUGCUGAGGGGGUGCCAUCCUUGGGUCCCUUCGACCCGACCGGCUGGGGGUUCCUCCCUUUAAUGUGGGGGUCCGCCCGUCUGUCGGAGUCGGGGUGCCCGGGUGCUGGUCCCCUUGAUGGCACGGCCUGCGGCUCCUCCCAGUGUGGACGGCCCCAAAGGUGGCGUUUCCUUGAUCCUCAGUGCCAGGGGUCCCCAAACUUUUUCCAGUGAGGGCCACAUGACUUUUCCCUCCUCUGAAGGGGGGCCAGGGUCAGGGUCGUUUGUUUGUUUAUGUUCUAUGACUGGGGCAAAGUGUGUUUGUAGUAACGUUGCUCACAAUAGGUUACCAUUUCCAGUCCUAUAAAAAUGUACAUGCUUUAUUGUUCAAGGGGCCGGGUCAAAUGUGGAAGUGGGCCAUGUCCGGCCCCCGGGCCUUAGUUUGGGGACCACUGCUCAGUGCCAUGCCAUGUCUCCCUACUGUGUGUGAUUGUGUGUGUGUGUGUGUGUGUGUGUGUGGCUAGUAUGGAGGGUGGGAAGGAGGGGCUUUCUUUUGUUUCUUUGUUUUUCCUUUUAAUUGUGGUAAUUGUUUUUAAUUCUGUAAAGCACUUUGUGUUGCAUGUCUUUGCAGGAAAAGUGCUAUACAAAUAAAGUUGAUUUGAUUUUGA